GCUGCAACCUUAACAAGAACACCCUCCUCCCCAACGACGCAGCGGUUCUACCGCUUCAAGACCAACGAUGACCGCCCGCCCACCCCACCCCCCAGCAUCCCCGCGACCGCUUUGGUAUCAACAUCCUCAUCAACCCCCAGCGCCCAACUCCUGCUCCUCGAAAGCACCCGCCGCACCGCCCUCUACACCCUAACUCUCUGCCGCAACGUCAUUGCCAUCCUCGAGCUCACCCGUCUCCGCAAGUCGCGCAUCGGCCUCCUCCACUGGAUCGAGUUCUGGCAUCAGUACUACGGGCAACGGUUCGGGCGCGCUCUCGCGGCGCACGUCACGCACGCUCUGGGCCGGAUCGAUAGCUUAUUCCGGGCGGUGGCCAGCGACCUCCACCAACUGACGCAGCGCGUACACGACGCCGUCGCCGCGGCGACCUCGGAGGUCGAGAUCCUGAGGCUGCUGGAGCGCAUGGAAGACGAGGUGGGCGUGCGACGGCGCCGGCGCCGCAAGAAGGCCCAGUCGACCAUCCGCAGAAUGCGCGCCAACCUCGAGGCCAUUCCCGUGCAAGUCAGUGACGAUCUGCUCGACGACCUCAAGCGCGGCGUGUUUGCGUUGGAUGUCUACUGCGAUUACUACCCUGGGGAU